AUGAAAGCCUACCACUGCAUGCAGGACACCGCGCUCUACAUGGCGAGGCAUAACGCCAUAGUCGCCAGAAUCAAGAAAGCAGGAUCCACGAAGUUUGAGGUCCACUCCGAGAAUCAACUCCUGGACCACCAGGGAUUGAGACCGGAUCUCGUUCUGAAGAAGGCCCCAAACGUCUUCGUCGUGGAUGUCACCGUGCCUUUUGACAACCGGCUCGCUGCAUUUGAGGCGGUGGCGACGAAGAAGAAGGGCAAAUAUGAGCAACUUUAG